CGGUCGGAAGCCCGCGCUGACAGUACUGUUGCUACAUCAAGCGUUUCCUGGGGAAGCCAAGCGCUCGCCCUGGCUAUUUUUUUUUUGUGCCGGUGUCCCGGGAUUUCGUCGCCAAGCAACAUACAGCCAUGUCGAAGUCCUCUUCUAUGCCGCGGGUGUAUAUAGGCCGCUUGAGUCAUCGAGCGCGGGAGAGAGAUGUGGAGCGAUUUUUCAAAGGCUUUGGGAAAAUAGUGGAGGUGGAUCUGAAAAACGGAUAUGGCUUUGUGGAGUUUGAGGAUCUCCGCGAUGCGGAUGAUGCGGUGUACGAAAUGAAUGGGAGAGACCUGUGUGGUGAGCGUGUCAUUGUGGAGCACGCACGUGCUCCAAGGAGGGAUUUCCGCAGCGGUUAUGGAUUCCAUAAAAGCAGCGGUGACAAGUUCGGCCCUCCAGUCCGUACAAUGUACCGACUGAGGGUGGAGAACCUGUCUUCACGGUGCAGCUGGCAGGACCUUAAGGAUUUCAUGCGUCAAGCUGGAGAGGUAACGUUUGCGGAUGCACACCACAGGCGUCAGAAUGAGGGGGUCAUAGAGUUCCGUUCGUAUUCGGAUAUGAGGCGGGCGUUAGAGAAGCUUGAUGGGACAGAGAUCAAUGGUCGUAAGAUACGUCUUGUGGAGGAUAGAGCUGGCUCAUUGGCCAAGAGAUCCUCUUCCCGCAGCCGUUCACGAUCCCGCUCACGAAGAAGCAGAAGCAGCCACUCCCGGUCAAGAUCACACUCUCGCAGCAGGAGCAGAAGAAGGGACAGAAGGAGUAGGAGUCGUAGCAGGGAGAAGGCUAAAGAAAGAGGUGCUAGUACUGAUAGAGGAGGAAGUCAGAGCCGAAGUAGGAGUAAGGAACGAAAGGAGAGGGACAGCAGAAGCCACAGCAAAGAAGAGAGGGAGAGGGUAAGCAAAAGCAAAGACAGGGUGGAAGCAAGCAGGAGCCGUAGCAAAGACAGUAGGCGCGACAGUAAGGAGAAGAGGGAUAGCAUUACCAGAGAAAGAAGUCAUAGUAAUGAAGGAAGGGUGAGAGAAAGAAGCCAGGGUAAAGAAAGCAGAAGCCGCAGCAAAGGUAGGCGUAGCAGAAGCCGCAGCAAAGGUAGGCGUAGCAGAAGCCGCAGCAAAGGUAGGCGAAGCAGAAGCCGCAGCAAAGAUAGGCGUAGCAGAAGCCGCAGCAAAGGUAGGCGAAGCAGAAGCCGCAGCAAAGGUAGGCGAAGCAGAAGCCGCAGCAAAGGUAGGCGAAGCAGAAGCCGCAGCAAAGGUAGGCGAAGCAGAAGCCGCAGCAAAGGUAGGCGAAGCAGAAGCCGCAGCAAAGGUAGGCGAAGCAGAAGCCGCAGCAAAGGUAGGCGAAGCAGAAGCCGCAGCAAAGGUAGGCGAAGCAGAAGCCGCAGCAAAGGUAGGCGUAGCAGAAGCCGCAGCAAAGGUAGGCGUAGCAGAAGCCGCAGCAAAGGUAGGCGUAGCAGAAGCCGCAGCAAAGGUAGGCGUAGCAGAAGCCGCAGCAAAGGUAGGCGUAGCAGAAGCCGCAGCAAAGGUAGGCGUAGCAGAAGCCGCAGCAAAUGUAGGCGAAGCAGAAGCCGCAGCAAAGGUAGGCGAAGCAGAAGCCGCAGCAAGAAUGAAGAAAUUAAAGACCACCAUGACAGAAAGAGAAGCCACAGCGAGGAAAACUUGCAAAGAAAUGGAUCCAGCAGGCAUUCCAGUAGUAGCUGCAGCAAAGAGCGCAGUGGGAAGCGUAGCCGUGAUGACAGAAGCAGCAGUGGGGAGCCCUCCAAGAAAAGCAAGAAAGAUGACACUGUUGCACUCACCACCGAAUCAGACCAGGAAGCUGAAGUUGAAGGAGGAACCGGUGACUCUGCUGAGGAUCCUCCCCUUUCUCUUCCUUCUCCUCCUCCUCAACCACUUCCUGAAAGCAUUGCUGUUGCAGAAGAAUCUGAGGAGGAAGCCAUGGCUGUUGGUUCUCCUCCCAAACCAGAAGUCAGUUCACCUCCCAAACCAGAAGUCAGUUCACCUCCCAAACCAGAAGUCAGUUCCCCUCCCAAACCAGAAGUCAGUUCCCCUCCCAAACCAGAAGUCAGUUCCCCUCCCAAACCAGAAGUCAGUUCCCCUCCCAAACCAGAAGUCAGUUCCCCUCCCAAACCAGAAGUCAGUUCCCCUCCCAAACCAGAAGUCAGUUCCCCUCCCAAACCAGAAGUCAGUUCCCCUCCCAAACCAGAAGUCAGUUCACCUCCCAAACCAGAAGUCAGUUCACCUCCCAAACCAGAAGUCAGUUCACCUCCCAAACCAGAAGUCAGUUCACCUCCCAAACCAGAAGUCAGUUCACCUCCCAAACCAGAAGUCAGUUCUCCUCCCAAACCAGAAGUCAGUUCACCUCCCAAACCAGAAGUCAGUUCACCUCCCAAACCAGUAGUCAGUUCUCCUCCCAAACCAGAAGUCAGUUCUCCUCCCAAACCUCUGUCUAGAUCUGCCUCGCCUGUGGAGGAUUGA